UGCUUGCGGCUUGGAAAUUUACACAGGGAUCACAUCUCUCUCUGUACACCACUUAAAUGUCGGCCAUACCCUUCAUCAUUUUACUAGAUCUCCCUUCUUCCCCUUUUUAAAACCUACUGAUCUCUUCGACUUCUUUUUAAUUCUCUCUCUCUCUUUUCACUAAUUGGUUUGAAAAUGCCGCUAAACUCGGCGGUGGUGUGCGCUUUUCUUUCCCUUCUCGCCAUUGCUGCGGCUGAAGAUCCCUACAGAUUCUUCUCCUGGAAUGUUACUUACGGAGACAUAUGGCCACUUGGUGUUCGCCAACAGGGUAUACUCAUCAAUGGUCAAUUUCCAGGCCCAGACAUCCACUCUGUUACCAAUGAUAAUCUCAUCAUCAACGUAUUUAACAGUCUCGACGAGCCUUUUCUCCUUUCCUGGAGUGGGAUUCAGAACAGAAGGAAUUCAUAUGAAGAUGGAGUGUACGGAACGACGUGUCCAAUUCCGCCGGGGAAGAACUUCACUUAUAUUCUCCAAGUGAAGGAUCAAAUAGGAAGUUUCUUCUACUUCCCGUCUCUUGCAUUCCACAAAGCUGCUGGUGGUUUUGGAGGGAUUAGGAUCCUGAGCAGACCGCGUAUCCCUGUUCCCUUUCCGGACCCAUCUGGCGACUGGACAGUUUUGAUUGGGGACUGGUACAAGUCCAAUCACACGGAUUUGAAGGCUCAUCUUGACAGUGGUAAGAAGCUGCCUUUCCCAGAUGCAAUCCUUAUCAACGGUCGCGGUAGUGGUGCUGCUUUCACUGUUGAACAAGGGAAAACUUACAGGUUUAGAGUAUCAAAUGUUGGGUUGCAAAACUCACUCAACUUCCGCAUUCAAAACCACAAACUGAAAUUGGUAGAAGUGGAGGGGACACACACACUCCAAACUACCUACUCUUCAUUUGAUCUUCAUGUUGGUCAAUCUGCCUCAUUUCUAUUAACAGCUGACCAGCCUGCACAAGACUACUAUAUUGUGGUCUCCAGUCGAUUUACCGACACAAUCCUCACAACUACAGGCACUCUUCAUUAUAGUAACUCUGCCGGCGCAGUCUCCGGUCCAAUCCCAGGUGGACCUACCAUUCAAAUUGAUUGGUCUCUGAACCAGGCCCGCUCUAUUAGGACCAACCUCACAGCUAGUGGACCAAGACCGAACCCCCAGGGUUCUUACCAUUAUGGUCUCAUAAACACAACCCGGACAAUCAAGUUGGCCAGCUCUGCUGGACAAAUCAAUGGCAAGCAAAGAUAUGCAAUUAACAGUGUGUCCUUUAUCCCAGCAGACACUCCGCUAAAACUUGCUGACUUCUUCCAGAUUAGUGGCGUUUACCGGGUUGGAAGCAUCUCUGACCACCCAACAGGCGGAGGAAUGUAUUUGGACACCUCAGUUAUGCAGGCUGACUAUAGAGCUUUUAUAGAAAUUGUUUUCCAGAACGACGAGGACAUCGUUCAAAGCUAUCACCUCGAUGGCUACUCCUUCUUCGUUGUCGGUAUGGAUGGUGGGCAAUGGACACCUGAUAGUAGGAACGGGUACAAUCUCCGCGAUGCAGUUUCGCGAUGCACGACUCAGGUAUAUCCCAAGUCAUGGACUGCUAUUUACGUGGCGCUGGAUAAUGUAGGAAUGUGGAACUUAAGGUCUGAGUUUUGGGCCAGACAAUACCUCGGACAACAAUUCUAUUUGCGUGUUUAUACAACAUCAACUUCUCUAAGGGAUGAGUACCCCAUUCCAAAGAAUGCUCUUCUAUGUGGUAGGGCAAGCGGGCGACGCACACGACCCCUGUGACCUAUAAUAGAUGUGUAAGAGGUCCCCCCUUUAAGCCUGGUUCGACGAAGAGAGGAGAAGAGAAGGGCAGUGGAGAAGAGGGUUUUUCUUUGGGGAUUCUAAUAUCAAAUUCCUAUACGUAUAUGAGGUGAAUGACCUCAGCUCGAGGUCACAUUCUUUUUCUCUGGAAGAUUGUAUUCUUAAUUAUUGGUAUUGUUUAAGUAAAACAUAGCCCUGUGAUAAUUAUCUCAAGUGAUGUUACUGGGAGGUUUGGUGGGCUCAUAAUCUUUUGAUCCCAUGAACGGUUUGAAGUUUCUACCAAGACCUUGCAUUUUCAACUUGUCGUGCAUUUGCAUUACAUGAAUAAUAGUCAAAUUUUGGUGAGGUUAAAAA